UAGACCCCAAAACUCCACUUCACGAGCGACCUUUACUGCUCGUGAAGCUCACUCGCUUUGCCUGCGGAGGCGUUGCUCUGGGCAUGGCUGUGUCGCAUGUCCUUGUUGAUGGGCUGAGCGGUCUACAUUUUGUCAAUGUAUGGGCGACGAUUGCUCGAGGAGAGCAACCGUCCCGUGCUGACAUGCCGUUCCUUGAUCGGAACGUCUUACAACAACGUAUUGACGUGAUAAGUGAUACUGGUUUGACUGGAUUUCCCUUUCCUCAACCUCCUUUGCUCAUAGGCAAGUCGGGUAACUUGGAAGAGAGGGAAAAACCGACUAAUCUCUUGGUUUUGAAGCUAACCAAACAGAACAUUGAUAAAUUGCGGGAAAUUGCAAACGAAGGUGGGGCCAAGUAUAGCCGCUUCGAAGUAGUGGCGGGGCAUAUCUGGAGGUGCGCAACAGAGGCGAGACGACACCGUUCCGAGCAGCCGACGAAUCUGUACGUACGGGUGGAUUUCCGGAGCCGGCUGAAUCCUCCGCUGCCGCCGCACUACUUCGGGAACGCCAUCAUCCAGGCGGCGGCAACCGCUUUGUCGGGAGAGCUGCUGCGUAAUGGAUUGGGCUACGCCGCCGGUAGGAUACGCGAAGCUGUGAUGAGUAUUACGGACGAAUAUGUGAGGAAGAACUUAGCAAUGGCUACUCAGAUCCCAGAUGUGGCCGAAUUUUAUGGAAACCCUAACAUGACGAUCACAAGCUGGAUUAAUCUUCCCCUCCAUAGGACGGAUUUCGGAUGGGGGAAGGAGGUAUAUAUGGGACCUGGACUUGUACGUGGAGAUGGCAAAUCCUUUAUUAUGCCUCUUUCCGGCGACGGCGACGACAACAGCAACGGCGAUGACGGGACGUUACGAGUACUGCUCUGCUUGCAACAACAAUACGUCGAAGCUUUUGAGGAUUUCUUCUACGAACACUUUUAAUCUACGUACCUCUAAUGAUAAAAUCUAGCAAGAAAUUAUAUAUUGACUACAAAAAAUAAUGUUAGAGUUAAUUACCAAAAUAGGACUAAAAUUGUUUGCAAUAAGGGUAUAUUUGUCCAAGACACACAUAAUUAGUCCUAUGAAAACAUAGUUUUUUUGUCCUAUUUGUGCAAAGUGAGUGACUUUUAUUCCUAUUUUGGUAAUUAACUCUAACAUUAUUAUCCC